AUGGAAAAGGAGGAGAGACUACAACGGAUAAAAGCUGGUGCAUUUUUGGCCUCCAUAGCAGGAAUUUCUGCUAUAGUAGGAUUUAGUGCCACACUAUCAGCAGCAAAAAAAAGUGAUCCCAAAUAUUUUAAUAAAGGUCUACAUGGCAGUGUUGAGAUAGCAGAUGCAGGAGCAAUUCUAGCAUUAAGAGCACUUGGAUGGGGGACUUUAUAUGCUGUAGCUGGAACAUCAUGCCUUUGCUAUGGAAUAUAUAAAUUAUCUGGUGCCAAGGAUCUCAAAGACUUUAGAAUAAAAAUGGGUAACCUAUUGCCUAUGUUACCAAAAAACAACCCACCUCAAUCAAGGACAGAGUUCACAGGACUCAAUGAUUUGAUGACAUAUUUAGAUGAAGAAUAUGGAAAGAAAAAAAAUUAA